AUGGAUCUCGAGGACUACGGCCAACCUGCAAACUUUCUGGCAUCCCAAGUGUGGCCUUCUGCCAGAGUGGCUGCCAUUGCGAUGGAGCAGCAGCUCUCAGCAAAAGCUCUUUCGUCCAUGACUGUCUGCGAAUUUGGCUGUGGCCCUGGUCUGCCGUCGUUGACUGCUGCCAAGCUGGGGGCCCAAAAUGUAGUUGCCACAGAUUUGGAUCCACUGGCAUUGGAAUUGGUGCAAAAGGCGAGUGAGGAACAGGGGUUUCAGCAUGUCCUGCAAACACAACGGUUUGAUCUUACAGGAGAUGUCCUUGAUGAUAACAAAAAUCGGCUUCCAGAGGCAGACCUGUAUCUGUUAUCUGAUGUCUUUGAGUCCAAACAAGUGGCCUUGGGAGCUGCUCGGGUCACUUGUCAAAUCCUGCACAAAUCUCAGAAUGCCAGAAUAUGGGUCUUUGCACAGUCCGAUCGGGCUUGCAGAGAAGAUUACUUGGAGGCCAUGCGGAAACAGCAUCAAGAUAAAGAAGGAUCCAGGCUUGAAUGGUUACCAAUGGAUCAGCAUGACAUUCGACAACAAUCAACAAGCAAACUGUUGCUGUUUGAUUUGGACGAAACAACCGUCGCAUAUGGGUAG